AUGACAAAAGAGAAGCAUCAUCAACGGCACAUAGUGAUCGUGUGUGCCCAAAUAGAAGACCACAUUUUCUUGUUCCCUCCACUCAGCAGCAGUAGCCUCUUGUUCGUUGUGUCUGUCUCUCUGUCGUCUGUCCCCGCCUCAUGUCACCCCCCUCUCGGUCCCCCCCCCCUCCCUGCCCCCUCUGAUCUUUGCAACCCAUCCAUCUUUACGAGCCAAAAUUAUCCGUGGGUGGUUGUAUGUAGUCCCGGCAGAUGGGUGCAGAUGCAGAACAUGACGGAUGUAGCCGGUUAUCGAAAAGGAGGGGAGAGCCCACUUUCGCGAAAUGCUGCAGCAUUGGGUGUGCCGUGGGAGAUGUGCCGUGUCAUCAAGUGUGGAUUCCAUGUGUGUGUGCUCUGA